AUGGCUGUUAAUGCUAAAAAUGUCAAAUUUCAAGAAGAAGAAGAAGGAUUUUCUGAUGAAGAAGUGUCGGAAGAUGUUCAUCAGGAGUUAGUUAAUGCUGUGGCAAACUUGUACCCAGGAAAAAAAAGGAUUGAUCCAGCAAAAUUUUAUGAACCAGCUCAAAAUGUAACAGAAUUUAAGAUAGCUACAGAUUUAGAAGAACAGACCGAUGAUAAACUGACCGUAGUUGAUUUAGCUGGUGCUGAUGAACGGCUCAGUCGUCGAUAUACUGCUAACAAAAUUCGAAAUAGUCUAAAAACCUCUAAGAAAUUACCCAAACCUUUAGAAAGAAUAGAAGAGCAAAAGAUUGAAAGAGAACUUGGAUAUGACAAGGUUAAAAAGCAACUUAAUAAGUGGUCAUCAAUCGUGGAAAGAAAUAAACUUGCUUCACAGUUAGUUUUUCCUCUUCCAUCCACCCAGAAAAUUAAUGAGAAAAGCAAUACCUAUAGUUUUUUGACAACAUUUAAGGAACCUACAGAAUUAGAGAAAGAAAUGGCGAAGGUUCUAGAUCAGAGUGCUAUCGCACAAAAGGAAAGGAAAGAGGAGGAAAAGCUUAGUAAAUUGACAAUAGAAGAAAUGAUAGAAAGAAGGAAUAUGACUGCGAAAAUGAGAGCUCGAGAAUCCUACCGUAUUUCAAAGGCAAUCAGGCAGAACAAAAUUAAAAGCAAAAAAUUUCACCGUAUAUUGAAGAAAGACAAAAUUAAACAGGAGUUGAAAGACUUUGAAAAACUUCAAAAGACAGAUCCGGAAGCAGCGCUAGAAAAGUUGGAACAAAUUGAAAGAGCAAGGGCGGAGGAGAGGAUUUCUUUAAGGCAUCGUAACACUGGAAAAUGGGCCAGGAGCAAAGCUAUUCGUGCCAAGUAUGAUACCGAGGCUCGAAUCCAACUAGCUGAACAGUUGGCUAAAAGCAGGGAUUUGACAAGAAAAAUAAAGGACAUUAAUAAUUCGAGCUCUGAAGAUGAAUCGGAAGAUGAAAACACUGAUGAAGAAAACAACAGAAGCAAACAUAUUAAAAAUGUUAACGAAAAUGGUACUUCUGAUAAUCCUUGGGUGUCUGAAUACUCUCAAUUUCUUGACGGUUAUAAAACAUUUUCUACUGAAAAUACUGAUCCUUCAUCCGAUAAAGGAACGAACCAAAGUGUUUCACCUCAAAAGAACAAUGAAAAUAAGAAUUUACCAUUCACUCCAUCAUUAAAUGUUACAGAUAGUCCUUCUAAACCAGUUGAAGAUGUAGAAUUAGAUAUUCAUGAAAAUCAAUCAAAAGAGGCUAAAAAUAAAGACAGAACAUCAAAAGAAAACAAAGAUGGUAGUCAAUCUGAAGAUGAGGAUGAACAAGUGGAAGAAGCAAUAAACAUAGAUGAAUCAAAUAGUGAUGAUGAUGACGAUGAUGGUUCUAAAUCAUCUCGAAAAAAUGCCUCAAUUGAUGAAAUGUUUGAUAAAGUAGAAGAGGUGUUGAAAGAUCAUGUUGCGGUUAGUGUAAAAAGAAUUGAAUCAAUUUUAAAAAAUGACAAUGAUAAAGAUGAAGACAAAGAAAGAGCCGAAAAUGGGACGAAGAAUUUUGAAUUUAAAAAAUCAGCUCGACUUCAUGAUAUUGAUGCGGCUCUCAUUGAAGUUGCAGAUGAAGGCAUCAGUUCAGGACUCAACGAUUUGAGUGCAUUGAAGGAAAAGCUAAAUCUUACUGAAAAUAAGAAAGCUAAAGAGCCUCAAAUCGACCCAAACAAACUCAUCACGGUCAAACCACAAAAGUUAAAAUCUGUAUUACCAGACCUUGAUGAAAAAGGAGACGAUUCGCAAGAAGAAGAAGAAGAAGAAAAAGAGAAACAUUUAAAUUUAAUGGAAGCUUUUGCUGAAGAUGACAUUGUUGAUCAAUUUAGGGAGGAGAAAAAAGUGGAAGAAAAGAAAUCUAAAGGGAAAGAAAUUGAUUUGACAAUGCCUGGGUGGGGAUCGUGGGCAGGAACUGGUGUAGAAAAAAAAUCUAAAAGAAAAACGAGAAGAUUUAUCGUCAAGUUUCCAAAAGUUCCAAGGAAGGACAAAAAGAAACCAAAUGUUAUCAUCAACGAGGACCCCGUGCCCAAGCUACGUGAACAACUUGUCAGUGAGUUGCCGUAUCCAUUCACAAGUGUCAAAGAUUUUGAAGCUUCGAUCCGAGCACCUAUUGGAAAGAAUUGGGUCACAGAGAAGGGAUUCAAGAAACUUACAGCUCCUCCGGUUGUAACAAAGAUGGGAACAAUCAUUGAACCGAUGGACGGUUCUUGGUUGGUCAACAAGCCGAAGAAAAGAAUGAACAAUAAUAAACCCAAUGUUAAUUCGAAAAAGAAAAAAGUUAACUGA